UCAAAACAAAACAAAAACACGUGAAAAUAGAAGUGAGCAGUCGUUUGAAGUAUAAGCUGCGAAUAGGCAAUGAUUUCCAGCUUGAAGUCAUUAGUUUUGAAUUAAAACAUUUGAUUGUUAUUUUCUAUUUUGAAUACGAUAAUAAUUCAGUAUGAAAGUGAAAAAGAAUAAAGAGAAAGAACUUAAUCCUUUCGAACUACACAUAAACAAUAAAAAGUUCAAUGUUCUUGGUCGUAAGUCAAAAAAUGAAGUGGGCAAGCCUGGUAUUGCCAGAUCAAAAGCUAUUCAGAAGAGAAAAAAAUCAUUGCUCAUUGAGUAUCAGCUUAAAGGAAAAUCGAAUAAAUUUGUCGAUCGUAGAAUAGGCGAAAAGAAUCGUGCGAUGACAGCUGAAGACCGUGUAAUUGCAAGAUUUACUGCUAAUAGAGUUAAAGCGCAGAAGAAAAUGAAAUAUAAUUUGGGAGAAGAAGAUGACCUCACUCAUCAUGGACAAUCACUUUCUAGCAUUGAAAAAUUUGAAAAACCAAUAAGUGACGAUGAUGACGAUUCCGACGAUGAUCGUACUGGAGGAAAACUAGGAGCUGAUUUUGUCGAUAAAGCUCAUUUUGGUGGAGGCGUUUUGAGUAGAGCUGGUGAUGGAGAAUCUAGUCAUCGUGAUUUAAUUGACAAACUGAUAGCUGAAUCAAAAUUACGCAAGUAUGAAAAGAAACAACUUAAACAAGAAACUAAUGAGCUAACUGAACAGUUGGAUAACGACUGGAAAGAAUUAAUGCCAGUUGUUCCUACUAAAAAUCGUGGAGAACAAGAUCCAGAAGACGAACCUCCUGCAAAGAAAAAAGUUGAUAAAAACUCUUAUGAUGUCCUUAUGCGAUCAUUAAAGUUUGAUGCCAGAGGAACGGCUAGUGAUAAAUUGAAAUCUGAAGAAGUGAUCGCUAAAGAAGAAAAAGAACGAUUAGAAAAAUUAGAGGCUGAUCGGUUAAAGAGAAUGAAAGGUAUUGAUGAGAACGAAGUUGCUAAACACAAGAGUGCGGACGAUUUAGAUGAUGGUUUUGAUUUUGGUGAUGAUGACGUUAAGCCAUUAGCUUAUAAUUCUGAAGGUAAACCUUUGAACUGUGGAGAUCUUAUCAGUGUAAACAAUGAAGAAAAUGUUGACGAAGAUGAAGAAAAUGAUGACCUCAAUGAGAAUGUAGAUGAAGAAGGAAGUAAAGAUGGUGAUGAGGAAGGGUCUAGCGAAGAAGCAAUGUCAGACGAAGAAGAAAGUAAUUUGAAUGAUUUGAGUGAUCUCAAAGAAGAUGAUGAUGAAAACUGUGAAGUGAAAAUAAAUGGUUCUAAAACUAUUGAUGAUAAAAAUAAAACAUCCAAACAAUUUGUUGAAAAGUUAAAAGAAAAAAAAGCUAUAAUGGAUGAAGCAAGAAAACAACUACCGUUUACAUUUAAUGUGCCAGAGGAAUAUGACGGCUUCCAAGAAGUGUUAGAAAACAAAUCAAUUGUCGAUCAAGUUGUUAUUGUUGAACGUAUGAUAAAAGUCAACCAUCCGAGCUUAGGAAACAAUAAUACGUCAAAUUUAAAGAGACUUUAUCCUUAUUUAUUACAACAUUUAAAUGAUACGUCGUGUUCAAUUGAAGGUUGGAAACUGCUUAAUUCAUUGGCACCACAUUUUUAUGAUCUUACUCAAUUUUUCCCUGAAUAUGCUGCCAAAUGUUUUAUCGAUGUAUUAAAAGAAAAACAUACUGAUUUUAUCGAAUCGAAACCAAAGCAGAUAAAUUCAGACACUUUAAUUUUUCUAAAACUGGUGCCUCUAUUAUUUCCAUCGUCAGACUACUACCAUCCCGUUUGUACUUAUGCCGUAAUGAUAGCGUGUGAAUUACUGUUUCUUUGCCGAAUAAAGACUCGAUCUGACAUUUCUUCAAGCUUGUUACUAACGACAAUUUUAUUAGAAUAUGUUCAACUAUCAAAAAGGUUUAUUCCAGAAGUUGUUAAUGUAUUAAGAGGUGUUGUCGGAAUGGCGGUGAUUGAUGAACAGCCAAUUAGUUAUGUACAGCAGUUUAAGCCAAAUAUGAAAUAUUUACUAGUUGGUGAUGCCGUAUUGCCGGCUAACUGGCCAACCAAAUUGGCGAUAAAAGAAAUAUAUAAUGAAAACGACAUUGACACUGAAUUUAAACUUACAGCAAUAUAUGUAACAUUAGACUUGAUUGGGAGAUUUAGCCAAUUGUGUGAUAACAUACAAAGUACCAGAGAAAUUUGGUCUCCACAUCUAAAAACCAUUAACAAUCUUAAAAUUCAAUCAGAUAUUAUAAAUCAACAAAUUGAUAGAGUUAAAAAAGAUUUGGAAACGGUAAUCAAUAAAAAAUUAGAAAAAGUUCAAACUCUGUCAGAUAGGCCUAAAGCAUUGCGACUUUAUGAACCUAGAAUUCAAAAAGUGUAUGAUGGUCGAACGUUUAAAGUAGAAUCUAAGGAGAAGGCUGAGCGAACCAAACUAGUAAAAUGUUAUAAACGUGAGAUGAAAUCGGCCGUUCGGGAAAUAAGAAAGGAUAACAGUUUCUUGUCUAAAUUGAAGUACCAUGAACAAGCUAAAAGUGAUACGGAGAGACGAAAGAAAGUCAAACAGAUUUUCAGUUGGGGUGCAAAUCAAGCACAUGAAAUCAAUAAACUCACCAAGAAGAAAAAGAAAUAAAUUACUUACCUAUACCAUAUUUUGUUGUUACUAUUUCAUGUUUACAUAUUAAACAAGUUGUGCUCGAUA